AUGGAGAGGGGCGGGGCGACGCGAGGCAGCACGAGUGGACUGGACGGGGCGGGGCCCGGGCGGUCACGUCGGCUUUGCCUGGCAGCAGGCUUGAUGCAGCACCAAGUGGCCAUCGUCACCGGCGGGUGUACGGGCAUCGGAAAGGCCAUCGCGACCGAGCUCCUGCAUCUAGGGUUUAAUGUGGUCAUUGCAUCCCGUGAGUCUGAUAGAUUAAAAUCUGCCGCAGAUGAACUGAAGCCCUGUCUGCCUCCUACCAGCCAGGCUCAAGUCACUCCCAUAAAAUGCAACAUCUGUAAUGACAAGGAGGCGAAUAAUUUGGUCAAAGCCACCUUAGACUUUUAUGGUCAGGUCAGUUUCUUGGUAAACAAUGGAGGAGGCCAGUUCUUCUCUCCUUCUGAACACAUCAGUUCAAAGGGGUGGAAUGCUGUGAUUGAAACCAACCUGACGGGCACCUUCUACAUGUGCGAAGCAGGCAAGUGUGAUCAAUCAUCCAAGAAGUCCAAGUGUCUUUAUGUAAAGAUCAUAGAGAAUCCAGAAAUUGUUAUGGGCUCAGAAGCUCCAUGUCAUAAACACCUACUGGUCGUCACCCUAACAUGGCUUCAGGCUGUGUUCACGCCGCCAACCCCAGUCCUCUGCCUGCGCUCCGACCUCCGAAGCCCGAGCCUCAGCUCCCAGCCCCUGCCCGUCCCGGUGGGCGAGCGGACAAGCCUUUUGGGCUGGCAUAGUGGAGCUGCCAGAGAAGGUGUUUACAACCUCACCAAAUCCUUAGCGGUGGAAUGGGCCAGCAGUGGAAUAAGGAUCAAUUGUGUUGCCCCUGGAAUCAUUUAUUCCCAGACUACUUUUAACAACCAUGGUCAUUUGGCAAAAGACUUAUUUGAAGGGUACUUUCAGAAAAUCCCAGCUAAAAGACUGGGAGGUGAUGAGGAGGUCUCCACCUUGGUGUGCUUCCUGCUGUCUCCUGCAGCUUCCUUUAUCACCGGACACUUGGUGGAUGUGGAUGGGGGCCAGUCUCUGUACACACACUCAUUUGAGAUACCAGAUCAUGACAACUGGCCUGAGGGCGUAGGGGACCUUUCUUUUUUCAAAAGGAUUAAAGAGUCUUCUAAGCAAAGAGGCAAGCUCUAGGCUAAGGAAACAUGGAAGUGUCCUUUGUCGCCAAAUACCUUAACAUCUCAACAAUGCACUUCUAUACUUUACAGGAACAUAUAAUCUGUAUGGAAAACUUACAUUCUGAUUUUUUAAUGUUAUCAAUUACAUCUAUGCAAAAACUAUUCCUGAAAUAAAUGCAUUUUUAAGUCCCAACCAAUGCCCUUUAGCUUGUGAUCAAAAAAAUUUUUAGGAAUGGAAGUUAACAUACUUUAUGAUUAUACUUUUUAUUUCUAAGAAUGGUAUUUGAAAAGUGAAAUAUUUCAAAUUAAUGAUAGGGGUAUCAUGACCUCCCAAAAGGAUAUAAUAUUUAAUUGUAAAGGUAGGCAGUAAAUCUAAAUUGUGGCAUCAUUAUGAUUUUUACAACAGAAAUAUACAAAGAAUCAUCUUUGGUGGCAGAUAUAAUACUUUUGGAUCAGUAAAGCUUUAUGUAAUUAUUGCUGUGUGGUUUGUUCAUGAAGCCAAUUUUGUGUAAACCCUCUUAAUUAAAAAGAAAAAUAAAGUCACAAGUAGUAUUUUUUGCAGUGCUUGAUAUGUGUCUUGAUUUCUUAGCCAAAGAUUCCUCUUUCUCCAUGUUUCUCUUUUUUACGCAAAAAAAUUUUUUUAUUUAAAAUUUAUGCAGUUGUAUUAGGGUUCUGCUUUCUUCCUUCAGUUUAUCCUUUCUGGCAAUCAGUCCCGAUUUAUGACGUGCCACCUACAAACUAUGUAUGUUCAUUUCUCCUCUUAAUCAAACCUCUUUAAAGAGACUUAUUCCCUCUUGAAGUGAAGCAGUUUCUUUAUCAGUAACAGUCAGUUCAAAGUAUAUGAUUGACCAAGCUCUGGGGUGGGGGGCCCAGAAUCUGUAAUUUUUGCAGCAUCCCAAGCAGGUCUGGGACUAGGAUGAGGCCAAUGAGCUGCCUUGGGCCCCAUGUAAGGAGGUGCUCACUCCCAGAAGGGAACAAGUGCAAGGCCACCCUUGAGAGUGAGCCCAUGUUCACUUAAACGUUGUUCUCAUUCUGUGAAUGUGGAAAGAUCAGAAAUCUUCCUUUCCUCAUAGACUACAUUUUAACAGUAGCCUUCUGGAGAUGAUAACAUCACAGCUUCUAAGAAUUACAAGCCACAGCUUCUAAGAAUUACAAGCUUCUAAGAAUUACAACCUGUGGCCCUGGCACAGGUUGGUGUGGAAGAUGGAAGAAGCAGGGCUUGCUUUUCAAAUUGCUUCGUGUUGGUGACUGCUGACAACCCCUUAUAUCUCCAUAGGUUGACAUUUGCUUAUUUCUGUUUAAGACAUGGAGGCUGCCCUACGUAGCACUAAACUCAGCUCCAGCUCCUUAUUAGAUCUUCUUGUUCGACUGUCACUGUACAGCUGGUCAUUAUCUGUGCUCUAGAAAUAUAAGUCUGCUCUCCAGGAUUUCUGUGUGUGUCAUAAUAAUGUCUUGUCAAUAAUGUUCUUCUGCUACUGCACUUGGUAAAUUUUGCUGUAGAUUGGAUGUUCCUGAAUAGCCUGACUCAUUCAUUCAGCUAAUAGUUUGGAGCCCCUACUAUGUGCUCAGCGUUAUGGUGGGAGU